CUAGUUUUCUUCAUCUUUGAACUAGGCGUGAAAUGCAGCUAUCGAUCAGAGGACGCACUUUGCUUCGCACUUCUUUACGACUGUUAAAAGUUAUGAUGAGGUUAGCUUUCUGUGACUAUGGGUGUUUGUGUCCUGUCUCUCGUGUUAAGCAGCAACACAUGGUCAGUAAUAGUGAGAUUAAGCAUAUAGUGCCAGACGAGGAGGGAAAGUUGAUCAAUGAGGUUGUGAGGCUGCAUCGCUUGAAAUGGCUACGACACGUGUUAUGCAUUCCAACCUACCGUCUCCAACAAUUAAUUUUAGCUGGUAUUGGAUUAUUGGCCAGGAAUUUGGGAUGGUCAGAGAGAAAUACUGCAUCAAUCCAUGAAGCCUAUGUCUGUUGAUCCAAGCCACGUAGAAUGCCCAGCUGAGGAUCGCUUGACUCUAAGAACCAAUGAUUGAAAAUUAAUCUUGGUAUUGCCGAAAAACAUUCUCAAA